CCCAAGAUUAUAUAUGUAUAUCAUAAUCCCUAAUUACAUAAUCUUUUUAUUUUAUUAUUUUUGUUCUAUUUUAUUUUCUCCUCUUUGUAUAACUUUUCCAUCAUCUCUUCAGUGAUCACCAGGUGAUUUUCUCUCUCUCUCUCUCUCUCUCCCCCUCCCUCCUCCCUCCUAUAAAGUUAAAACCCUUGACCUUUCUUCAACACAUUCUAAAGCCAUGGGAGAUCCCUAUACCAAUUUCUUCAAUGGCUUCUACAAUCACUACUACUCCUCAUCAUCAAACCCUCCUCCCCUUCAAUAUCCCUCCUCUCUCUCUUCCUACAACUUCCACAAUAAUCUUAACUACACCCAGAACUUCACCCACUUUCACACCCGCCACCCUACCCCACCCCCCUCGCCUCCCCUCAGAGAAGCCCUCCCCCUCCUCAACCUCACCCCAAGAAGAGAAGAUGAAACCAUGUCAUGUGAUGAUGAUGGCCAUGGCCAGGGAUCACAUGGACAUCAUCAUGAUCAUGAUCAUGACCAUGAUGAAGAUGGGGCUGUUACUGUUGCUCUUCAUAUAGGCUUACCGAGCCCAACUGCAGCUGAUCUCAUAUCUAGGGUUUCUUCAAGCAGUGCUACUGUGGCAGUGGAUGAUGAUGAUCAAGAGGGGAAGGAUGAGGGCGAUAAUUACAACAAUACCCCUCUAGGGUACCCUACAAUAGGAAGGCUUAACAAGGGUCAGUACUGGAUCCCAACCCCUUCUCAGAUCCUCAUUGGUCCUACUCAGUUCUCUUGCCCCGUCUGCUUCAAGACCUUCAAUAGAUACAACAAUAUGCAGAUGCAUAUGUGGGGGCAUGGAUCACAAUAUAGAAAAGGCCCUGAAUCUCUCCGAGGAACUCAACCAACAGCGAUGCUUAGACUUCCAUGCUACUGCUGCGCUCCUGGCUGUCGCAACAACAUCGAUCACCCUCGGGCAAAACCCUUAAAGGACUUCAGAACACUUCAAACUCACUACAAAAGAAAGCAUGGGAUAAAACCCUUUAUGUGUCGAAAAUGUGGCAAGGCUUUUGCAGUUAGAGGAGAUUGGAGAACUCAUGAGAAGAAUUGUGGCAAGCUUUGGUAUUGUACUUGUGGGUCUGAUUUCAAGCAUAAAAGGUCAUUAAAAGAUCAUAUUAAGGCCUUUGGACAUGGACACGCAGCGUAUGGGAUUGAUGCGUUCGAGGAGGAGGAGGAGCCUUCGUCGGAGAUUGAACAAGAUUGUGAUCAUGGACAAAGAAUCAGGAGGUGAUGGAUGGAGUAAGUUGGGUUGUUGUUGUUGUUGUUGUUGUUGUUUCUUCUUUUUCUUUUCUUUUUUUUAGUAUAGAAAUGUGGGAAUUAGGGUUAGGGUUUAUGGUAAGCACUAGAUGCAAAUGGAAUGGAGGAAACUUGAAUAUUGUAUAUUGAAUUUGCUUUUUGCUUUUAUGGAAAUUUGCACGGAAGGUUUCUAU